ACUCAACGCGUGAUUGGAUGCUGACAAUAAGAAAUGGGUUUCUGAUUGCGAUCUCUAUAAGUGCAAUCAGCAGCAUUUGCAUCGUUGUGCGAUACUGUCGGUUUGCGAUCGUCUAUGGUCGGUGUUGGCAUAGGUCACUGUUGAAUAGAAUCCGCUGAUUUGCUGAGCUGGGUCUGCUGCCAAUUUGACUUUCGUUGUUUACCUACUUUUGAAGGAGAAAAAUGAAUCGAUUGGAAUUGAGGGAUUGGAGUUGUUGUCAUUGGCAUUCUUAGGUGGGUUGUGAGAUCACGAAACCAUUUGUUGAGUUUGGAUUGUGGUCUGUAUCCGCUAUGGCUUCCGCGGAACUCAGUAGCACACAUAGAUAUGGAGCUGGGGGGUUAUUUGCAUUAGCACUCCGUCAAGCCCAGCUGCAGCAACGCUCAAAGAAUGGCUUCGGUUCACCUCUCGUCGUUCAUCCUCCAGGAGAUGGCGCAUCAAAAUUAUCAAAGAACGACGGAGAACUUCCAUGGACGUCUCAACAGACAGGUCUUCUACGAAAUAUAUUCAGAUAUCUGGAAAUUGAUGAAAAAGAGUGGGCAGGUCUGGAAUCUGCUUCUGUGUCUACGGAAGCUAAAGAUCACAUUUUAAAGUUCUUAAAUAUCUUGUCGACAGAUGAUGAGGAGUCCAAAAAGCUUUCUAAAGAUGAGGCAUCCUUAGCUAAAGCUGUGGAUGCUGCUGUUGAAGAAGCCAAAAAGAAGCUAGAUGUCAUCCCCAAAUACAAGACGGAGGAAUCAAGAUCAGAGGUGGAGCACAACACAUGUGAAGAUAUCGAUGGCUGGGACUUGAGUGAGGCAAAAUCUGUCUCCAAAGAACGGAGAGUGACUGUAAUCUACACCCUCUUAGCAGCAUGCAUCUCUCACCCUCUGGAGGAGGUUGAUGAAAUGUCAAAAGAUGAUUCAAGUGGGAGCUCCGAGAGGGAUUCGAUGAAGUCUGCUAAGACUGGUUAUGAUGCCCGUAAGCGAGUCGCUCUCCGCUUGUUGGCGCGGUGGUUCGACAUUGAAUGGAUCGCAGCUGGAGCUAUGGAGCUUAUAGUAGCUCACGUAGCCAUGGCGACUGAAAAGGAAUUUGAGAAAAAACAUGAAAAGGGAGGGAAAAAAAGCAAGUGGAAGAAGUGGAAACGAGGGGGCUUGAUAGGCGCAGCAGCUGUGACAGGCGGAGCACUUCUUGCAGUUACUGGAGGCCUAGCAGCUCCAGCUGUAGCGGCAGGAAUGGAAGCUGUAGCCGCUGCUGUGCCUAUUCUUGGUGCAAGUGGACUAACAGCAGCCGCUUCAGUGGCUGGUUCAGGUGCUGCUGGUUCUACUGCUGUGGCAGCUUCCUUUGGAGUGGCAGGAGCAGGUAUGACUGGUAAGAAGAUGGCAAAAAGGACUGGUGACGUUGAUGAGUUCGAGUUUGAUAAACUUGGAAACAACCAUCAGCAAGGGCGUUUGGCUGUGGAGAUAGUGGUGUCAGGGAUUGCUUUUCAGCCAGAGGACUUUGUCAAACCGUGGGAAACUCCCGAUGGCGAUUUGGAGAGGUAUGCGUUGCGUUGGGAGUCGGAGCAUGUUUUUGCUGUGAGUACCGCAGUUCAAGACUGGCUCAAGUCAAGUUUGGUCAAAGCUUACUCACAUAGAAGAUCAUAUGUCCCUGUUGCAGCUGCCACGCAGCAAGCGAUCAAACAAGGAGCAAUGUAUACCGUAUUAGGUGGGCUUGUAACCGCUAUGGCGACCCCGCUCGCAGUCCUUGGUGCAACAAAUAUGAUCGACAGCAAGUGGGGAAUGGCUAUUGACAGGUCGGAGAAAACUGGUAUUCUUCUUGCGACGAUUUUGCUACAGAAUGUUCAAGGGAGUAGGCCAGUCACGCUGAUAGGUUUUGCUCUUGGCGCCCGAGUAAUAUUCAAAUGCUUGGAAGAGCUAGCGAAACAUGGGGAUGAAGGACUGGGGAUUGUUGAGCGUGUAUUCCUUCUAGGAACUCCAGAGAAAGUGGAUAAAGAAAAAUGGGAGUCUGUGCGCAAGGUAGUAGCAGGACGGUUUGUCAACGGCUUCUCCAAGAAUGACUGGGUGCUCGGAGUGGUAUAUCGAGCUAGCUUUAUGUCAUUUGGAGUAUCAGGACUUAAACCAGUGGACGUCCCUGGAAUAGAGAAUGUGGACUUAUCAGAAGUAGUGGAUGGUCACUCAUCCUACUUGACAAGUUUGAAGCAAAUAUUGCAAGCGAUUGACCUAGAUGGUUUUUAUGCUGACCAGCCAAAGAAGCUGCAUGUAUCUGAGAAAGAUAAUGGCAGAUCGGGAUCAACCCCUGCCGGUCCAGCUUAAUUGCACAAAUACUGUCGACAUUGAAAUUUCCAUACCCUGCAAAAUCAUCAGGUACACAGAUUACUUACAGUUCUCAUAUUACAAUCCAAAUAUAGUAAUGUUUUGCCAUAUUACCAUCAUAUUUUAAAGAAAAAAUUAUGAAAUGUAGGAGGUGAUGCAGCAGCCAACCUCUUUUGCUGUUGUGUACAGAACAUCAUUUGCAAAUUACAAAAAUAUAGUAUCCUUGCAUUCACAAAAAUCAGUUAUAAAAAAACGAUUGAUCAUAGCUGCAGCGAUCUUAAUCGUGUGGGAGACGGCCAUAUUUCAUAAAGCUUGAGAUGAACUUUGGAGAUUUUGUAUAUUGUGUGUGUAAAUAUAAUUUUACAAAUUUUUAAGAAUA